CCCACAUAUUCUCACGCUACUUCUCGCUUUCGGGAUCGUGCGUGUCCAAGAUUCUGUCUGUGGAAACUUUCCGAAGUUGGUCGCUGGAGGGCGGGACAGGGGGGAACUCGGUCAGUCUACAGCGGCGCUGCUGCGCUCAGCCCACGGUUCAGCCGCACUUUGUGUCCGAGUCCCAGGUCCGGGAUGUCGGCCGUCAAGGCUCUGCAGCAGUGGUGCCGGAUCCAGUGCGAGGGCUACCGGGACGUGUCUAUCACCAACAUGACCACGUCCUUCAGGGAUGGCCUGGCUUUCUGCGCCCUCAUCCACAAACACAGACCGGAUCUCGUCAACUUUGACUCACUGAACAAGGAGAGCGUCUAUGAGAACAACAAACUGGCAUUUAAGGUCGCGGAGGAGGAGCUGGGAAUUCCAGCACUGUUGGAUGCAGAAGACAUGGUGGCUCUAAGGGUCCCUGACCGCCUCAGUAUCCUGACAUAUGUCUCACAGUACUACAACUACUUCCAUGGGCGCUCCCCGAUUGGUGGUAUGGGAGGUAUAAAGCGCCCGGCUGAGGGCUCCACAGGUGAACCGUGUGGGAAGAUGAACCCACCGGUGGUGGCUAAGGUGUUCACCUCAAAUAAGCCUUCCAGAGAGAACAGCCCUCCCUGCUCUUCCAACAUCACAAGGCCCCCUUCUGCUCCCAAACAAGCCAAAUAUGCCAUUCAGGAAGCGGUGGGUGAGAAAUCUCAUCAGACAGGCACACUGAGUAACAAAUGUGUGUCCUGUAACAACCACGUUCACUUGGUGCAGCGACAUCUAGUGGACGGGAAGCUCUAUCACAGGAGCUGUGCAAAGUUACUGUCUCCUAUAAACACAGUGACACCUCUCAGAGAUUUACCCACAAACACUCCCGUUUCCAAAUUCAGUCCUCUACCAGACGUUGCUAAAACCAACACAACUACUACAACCCCGACACCCUCCAGACUCUGGUCCACAGAGAAACCCAGCAUGCCUUCAAGCUCCUCCAGUACUACUUCUACUUCCUCUCCUUCCUGGCCUACUACGGGUCUCUCUUCAACUCCUAAAGAAAGUCCGAUGGCUUUUGUCUCAAAACCUUCAGCUUCACGGAUUACCUCUGAAUCUGUCACCAUUACAACCACCUCUGUCAUCACAAGGCCUAGUGCCGCUCCUCAUACCCCAGUCACAGCAGCUCCUCGUACUUCAAUUACAGUUACUCCUCGUACUUCAGCCACAGCAGCAAAGACACUCCAGUCCAAGCUCAAGUUCUUCCAGUCAGAUACCACCACUAACAAUGAAGAGAAAAAAACUACCACCGUCAACAUGGAUGUAAAUAAACGGCCCAAUGCUGUUGGUAAGGUACAGGAGGCCCCCGGAGGUCAGACUAUGACUGUAAAUGUCAGUGCUGCUGGCAGAAGGGAAGCAAGUGUGACCGGAGAUAAGGAGAGAGCUAAAGCUGCUGGUGGAGGUGAUAAGGUGAGUUGGAGACAGCAGGAAAAUCAGAGUGAUAAGACAAAAGCAUCACCAGAGGACAACAGUAAUCCACCGUGGAUGAAUGUAGCUCUGAAGAAGACGGAUGUGAAACCUGAGUCUCAAGUUGUGACCCCUAAGAGGGAGCCAGGGGCUGCCAGAGUUAGAGUGAGACUGAAAGCAGACCCCACGAUCCUUGCUGAUCUGAAGUCUCCGGACUCCUCGAGCAAUGCUCCGACCCCAGCCGUCAGGAGCGGACUGGGAGACAGAACCCCAGACAAAGCGGGCUCUCACCCUGGUGGUGCAUCACCCAACACUUCAGCAUCAGAAAAGAAGUCUCCUGCAGACUGGAGGUCGAAACUCAAACCUGUCACCAAAGAAACAAAACCUGUUGGUCCUUCACAGUCCGAGAAACCAUACUCGAAUGGUGCUGAAAAGUCACAGACAUCAGAGCUUUCUACUGGGCCUUCCUCCUCUACUGUUCCCAGCCCCAUUUUUGUCACUGCACCGGGCUCAAAGGGAGUUCAGAAUCGUCAGAAAGACAUAUCUGCUAGUGACAAGAACAUUUCCAAGAUGAAGCCAGGCUACAUUCCCACAGAAGACCUCAUAAAGGAGCUUCAGGAGAUUGAAGAUAAUUUGAAUGAAUGGGAGAGGAGGGGAGUCGAGCUGGAGAUGAAGCUCCGCUCCAGUGAGGAAGAGGGGGAAGAUGACUCUCUCAUGGAUGAACUCAUGGUUGAGUGGUUCAGCUUGAUCAGGAACAAGCAGGUGGCCAUUCGCCGGGAAUCUGAACUGGUCUACAUAGGGAAAACUCAGGACCUGGAGAAAGAGCAGCCUAAUGUUGAGCAGGAACUCAGGAGACUGAUGGAAAAACCAGAACAUCUGAAAACUGCCUACGACCACAAGAGGGAAGAGCAGCUGAUGGCCAAACUGCUGGAGAUCGUCAAUGACAGAAACGCCAUUAUAGAGGGUCUGGAUGAGGACAGACUCAGGGAGGAAGAGGAGGAUGAGGAACUGAACAAGAUGAUGAUGAAUUUCAACAUUAAGAAAGACAAACCAAAGAAAGCGUCUCCAAAGACCAAACUGUUUGGCUGGCUGAACAGGAAGGAAGUAUGAUGCUCCUGCAAACACACCAGGGACUCGUUCGUUGACGUGUCUGCUGCUCUUGUUGCAGUCUUACUGUCAGUGUACUCAGCCUGUGGCUCAUGGGAUACGGUGGAUAAAUGGAUCGUCUGUAUGUGUGAGUGUGUGUGAUCUGUCGUGUUCUGUACUUUGAGAAAAACGCCCUUCCCUCUGUCGACUACAUCACUUAGGAUAUGACGUACACGCGCGCACACACUGGCGAUGCUGAGGGGUUAAUGACUCACCAGCCGUGAUGUGAUUGGGUUCAGUGCUCCAGUUGUUACUUUUAAUCCCCCUUCUAGUCUUAAUCUGUCAACUUAAUGCUCACACACACAAACACACAUGGCCGUGUUGUAUCUUCUUACUUGUACAGUGUAUUGAAAAGUUGGGUGUAUACAUUAACACCAAUGCUAAUGGGAGUUAAUAGAGAACAAGACUUGGCUGCUUCUUGCUCUUUGCUCAUGUUUUUGUCCACACUUCAAAGUAACUAGUGACGUGUGACUAACUUCAGGGUCUCUGACCUUGUUGUUGUUGUUGUACAUGUUGAACUGUAUUUUUCUUUUAACCAUAAAUAUCAUGUUCUGUGUACCUUUGUUCAGAGCGCUGCUCUAAAUAUUACUUUUUAAUGGCAUUUUCUAAACUUGUGGUUCCCAACCUGGAGGUUGUGACCCUACCAAAAGGUCGGGGGACCUUUAAGAUAAAAAAAAAACAACACCUGCUACACAGAAUUAUGAAACUUUAUUCUAGAGUUUCCACAAUAUUUUUUUCUAGUCAGUUAUUAAAUAAUUUUAUCUGGCUGGGCUUGUAAGUAUUCAGUUAAGAAUCUGAGAAGGGUUAAUCACCCUUUGGUCAAGGUUAACACAACCUGUAUAUAUUUAUAUGCAAUCUGCAACAAGGAGUGCAUGUAGACAUGGAUUUAUUUUUUUUAAAGCGCUACCACCCAGAAAGGCUUGGAUCAAUAGUUCAAUCUGUACUUGAUGCUUGAACAUACUUGUAAGAAAACCACUGGACAUCAUAUUUUGGUCAUUUUUCCAUCCUGUGGAUAUGUGACUGUCUUAUCCGAUCAUGUCUUACUUGAAUGUGUAGAGGAUGUUUUUUUGUGGUAGAAUAGAGGAAAAGAACAAUUUUGGUUGGUGUCAUGUGACUCAUAGGUUUUAUUAAGUAUUCGUACUGAAAGCAAACUCAGUUGACCGAAUAUUUUGGGUUCUGGAAAUGUAAGAACUGGUCCAAAUUGGAUCUGGAUAUGUACUGUACAUGUUUUUAAUAUGUCUCAGCUGAAUUUUAGUGCAUCUGUAUCACAAUGUGUUUAUUCUUGGAGAGGACGUCAGCAGGUUUUUAUAUUGCGAUCAAACGGAUCAGUUUCAGCAGAACUGGUUGGUAACAGGACUGUACAGUAUAUAUGUUAAUGUCCCCUUUACUCAGCUGUGUGUAUUGUAUGAGGUUAGCACUAAUAACUGUGAUUAUGAAAUGGAUGAUUUUAAAUAAAUAACUAAUGAAAGUA